ACAUUAUUCAUUUAGUAUUUUGAAGGACUUACUAAGACUUGUAUUUACAGCUUUGCUGUAGCUGAAAUAUGAAUAAUUUUAGUACACUUCAGUUCUGAAGAAAUGGGAGGAGACGCAUCAAGAGAAGAAACAAAGAAAGAAAGCGACGAUGAAAACGUAGAGAGGACACCACAAUUUCAAAUUCUAGAUACUUUGUACAAGGUUCUCUAUAAAAAGAAGACUGAUAAUGGGACUGUUCUUUUAAACAGGGAAACGGUAAAAUAUUUCGAAACCUUAUAUCGGGAAAUGCACUGGAAGCAGGAUGCACAUGCAUAUGAUUCCAAUGAAAAAAUAACUCCACGACUUGAGACAGAGGUACAUAAAAACAACAAAAGAUCUCGCAAGUCUAUUGAAGUGGAACUAUAUGAUCCUACACCUUCAGAAGCAACCGAAGCCUUCAUAUCUGCCUUUAAAAAAGAAUUUUGUAAUGAUGGCACCUCUGUUAGGAAAACAACAAAUAUCUCUGACAGCAAAACACCAGUUCUUUUGAUUUGCAAUAUAUCAUCUCGUUUAGAGGCUGACAUCAACAGAGUGCUGAAGUCAGUCAAGGAAACGGAUUUUGACCGUAUUGUGUUAAUUACGCUGCACGUUAAAGAUAAGCAUGCUUUGCCACAAGAAGAAACAAAGCUUAAGAUAGGUAUGCAAGAAAGAUACUGUUACUUUAAAAGUAUUGUUGAUAUUGCUUUUACACAAGAAAAUGGACUAUAUAGUUGUCGCAUGAACGAUACCGCAAAAAGUGAAAUACGGCGUCUUUACAAGGAAAUGCUAGAAACUAAAGUUUAAGAAGAUUCAAACGUUUCUGUAACAAUACAUUAUUCUUAAAUACAUAUGUAAAAAUAUUGAUAUAUAACUGAUUUAUUAUCUACUGUGUUACAAUUCAAAUCAUGUGUUUACGAACGCAGAGCGACUUUAUACAAACACAGCGUUUUCUGUUUUCUAUAAACUUGUGAUGAGUUUGUAGAAAGUCGUUUUGUUAGUAUUUUUGUGGCAUGACUUGAUCUGUAUUUUCUUUCGUUUCCUUUGUUUGAUAUAUUAAUGAAGUAUUUAGAGCUCAUGUUUAUUCUUUCUAUAUCCGCAAAACUUCAGGCGUAUUAUUAACAAGUUUUCGCAAAAUAAAGUUUUCUCAAAAUCUGUUAAUUUUAUGUUUUGUAGUGAUCAAAAUGACAAAAAAUGAUAAGAACACAAAGUGUGUCGGUAGAAGUUUCGUUAUACAUAAGCCUUAUUUGGGAAAAAUAAUGAACAUUCCCUUUAUUUACAAUUUUGAUGUCCACUUUCAUUCUCGGUUACAAAACUUAUAUAUAAUCUGACAUUGUGAUGAGUCAGCAUAAUUUUAUCUACUGUUUUGCUUUCAUUUUCAUUAACAUUCGGUUCAUAAUAUAUCCACACUGUUUCCGUUUCAACAGUGAUGAAUAAAUAGAAACAUGUAUAUCAAGUAUGUUCACAUCACAAGUUUUAUCAAAUUGAAAUUUGUAUAAAAAAGCAUAAAAGUUUGAUUUUAGAUUUUGGUGAAAUACCAAAUUAAUACUUUUUUAAAUAGUAAUUUAGACAUAUUUUAUAUCGAAUUGUUAAAAGCCAUUAGCAUUUCAUUAUGUUUUGUACAUGAAAAUCAAACGAACACAAUGAAUUUUCCUUUUAUUUAUGACGGUUUAUCUAUCCCAAAAACGGAUAAUCUCAAAUAAAGAUUGGAUAUUAGAAAAUAUUGAUCUCUUAUGUGCUUGUUGUAUUGAAAAUUUAAAGUGCCUUUAUUUAAAAAAAAGCUCUUUUAGAACAGUUGAAAGAUACAUGAUGAAAGUAAGUUCAUCGCUUAGUUAUGAUAUACCACAUGAAAAUUCACUUGCGAUUAUACAUAGAAAAUGGCCCCGCUUCAGUUUUCUCAAAGUGCAUAAUUCGCCUUUUUACAUCCGUGGACAAUAAACAAAUCGCCUUAUCUGAUGGGACACCAACGAAUGGAAGAAGUUACAGACAAACAGACGAAUGUUAAUGUUAUUUGAAAUUUCGACUGUUAGUUUAAUCGCCUGUUAAAGUUUCAAACAACUGGACCCUGGGCUAAUUACAAACUAUUGUAUUCUAACUGUCUUUUGUAUAAU